AUGCCAAAGGUUGUAUCACGGAGUAUAGUAUGUUCUGAUUCUAAAGAUCAGGAAGAAUAUAAUGACGAUUCACCAUUAAAUAUAUAUUACUGCUUGUGCGGGAAACUCUCACUAAUAUUAGAUUGUUCUCUGGAAAAAUUGCCAUUAAGACGAACAGAUGGUGCGAGGGUUAUAAAUGGAAAACAACAUGCCCAUAAACUCACUUAUCAAGAAGGUGGAAUUGAAUACAUAAAAAGGAAAGAGAAGGGAAUUGAAAAACAGUAUCGUUUCAAUUGUAAGUCUUGUAAACUUCCCUUAUAUUAUCGACAUCAACCAAAUUCCGAGAACACCUUCAUUUUUCACCAUGCCCUUGUAAAAACAAAAAAUGAUAUACACUUGAAUUUGGAACCAACUUCAACAAAAAAUACCUCUAUUGGUGAAUCAGAAAAAGUAAUGGUAACUAGACACACAAAGAAUAUGGGUAAAUUCAGUUCCGUUACGGUAUCGACCAUAGAUGAAGAGGAAGAUGAGAUUGAAGCGCGUGAAAUUGCUGACAGCUAUGCCAAUAAUGCCCGAAUUAUAGAAAAACAGCUUCAACGAAAGGGUGGCAAACUUGCCGACACAGGUGCAAGGAAUAAACAAGAUGAUCCCGUUCCGUCCAAAAAGCCAAGGGGAACACUAUUAGACAUAUGA